AUGGAAACUUUGUCGCAGUUUCUUACGUAUAUAAUUCCAAUUGUAUUUACUGGCCAAAUAACUAGUUGCCUUUCUCCAUUUGACAACGGCUUUUCUCACGUGUCCAGCUACUCAACUCUUAUAACAUUUUGCCUUAUUCCUCUCUGUCUCAUAAUGUGUCAAGACGAGAUUGACGCCAACGGCUGGACUGCCGUGCCAGUCGAUGCUGGCAAGAUUUUUGGCGACAAGCCAUUCCUUCAUGAGCCGACACCUAUCUCUGUCCAGGAGAUCAAGUUCCCUUCUGAUGACCCUGUAGUCUCCAAGACGGUGGAGUACGCAAAGGCCCGUCUGCAUGCACCGACGUUCAACCACUCAAUGAGAGUCUUUUACUUUGGCAUGGCCAUUACAACGCAGCAGUUUCCCGAGAGAGCAGCAGCUUUCUCACCUGUAACUUGGGCUCUGACAUGUCUCCUCCACGACAUCGGCACUGCCGAGGAAAAUCUGACCGCAACCCGCAUGUCCUUCGACAUCUACGGCGGCAUCAAAGCUCUCAAUGCGCUCAAAGACCACGGGGCCUCGACCGACCAAGCCGAGGCCGUCUGCGAGGCCAUCAUUCGGCACCAGGACAUGGGGGUUGACGGAACCAUUACGUAUAUGGGCCAGUUGAUCCAGUUGGCCACACUGUACGACAACGUUGGGCGUCAUCUGUACGUCAAUGACUUUGACAAAAUGAUCCACGAGAAGACGAGGAGGGAGGUCAACGAGGCCCACCCGCGGAUCAGAUGGUGCUCUUUCUUCGCGGAUACGAUUCGCAAAGAGGAGGGGUUCAAGCCUUGGUGUCAUUCUACACAUAUUCCCGACUUUGAUAAGGAUAUUGAGAGUAACACUCUGAUGAAAGAGUGGGAGUAA